AUGAUACAAGAACAGCGAGCUUCAUCUAUCAAAGACAUCUAUCCCAUAAUUAAGACUGUCUUGGCUAUGGCGCAUUGUGGGCUUCCCCAACGACUACUACGGCUUAGCUUACCCGGAUUUAGUAUCUGCAAGCUGCUGGCUCUCAGUUGUCUUGUCCGCUCGGCCUUCCAAGCCCGAGUUCCAUGGUCAUGGAUCUCGUCAGAGUCACGAAUCCCGUGGAAUCCCUCUAUCUCGCCAUUCGUCUCUGUCUCGCCGUCGCUGGGUCACCAAUCCGACUUGUCACCGACCAUGCAGAGAGCUACCGGAAGACUCGCACACGGUCUCGGCGCGCAAUGCGUCGCCUGUACUCGCGCUCCGACGAUCACGCGUUCGCUCGGCACGCUCAUCAAUAAGCAAGAUGCUCUUUCAGAGUCGUCCGAGGCCAGCUUUGCACAGUUUGGCCAGCGCGAGCCAACUCGCUCUCGAAAAUUUGCGACCAUGUCCACACCCGACAGCGUUCACGCGCCAAAGAUCGAUCUGAUGGCCAUGCUCAGUGCCGCGCGGGCUUCAGCUCCAUCUCCUUCCAUGCUCGAUCUUGUCGAGAUCAAUCCGACUGCGACGACGGUCGUUUCCAAGCAAGGCCUAGCGAGCUUGCUCGAAUCAUUCAGACUCAACGCAUCGCUCGCCGGUUCCAUCGAAGAACGAGAGCUCAUGCAGACGAUCAACAAGGCGCUCUCUCCCCUUGGCUCCGGUCACGGCGACAAGUACUUUGCCGCCCGAGAGACCGCCAGACAAUGGGCUCUGUCACAAGGCUAUGAUGAGGCCUCGCUCUACGAGCAGCGCAUCAUCUGGGGCGAUGUCGACAGCUUCAGACAUGUGAACAACGUCGUCUACUUCAAGUUUGUAGAGAGCGCUCGCGUGCACUUCUUUGAGACGAGCACACGUGGCCUGAGCCCGCACAUUGGCAAGGACAUCAUCCAAGGCGUCAAUACUGGCCUCAUCCUUGCCUCUACCAACGGGAAAUUCAUCCGACCUUGUCAAUUCCCGGAUACGCUUAUGGUCUGCCACAAGGUCACCCAUGUCGCUCGGGAUCGCUUCACGACACGAACCGGUAUUUACAGUCUCGAGCAGCAGAAGCUUGUCAACAUUGGCGAUUCGACCUGCGUGGCCUAUGACUAUAACGCGCUAGGCAAGACAGAUCUGCCCGAGGAGUAUCGGGAGAGGUUAGAAGAGAUGCUCGCAACCUCGAGCUCCAUCGCUGCAUGA